AUGCGUUCACCGUUAUAUAUCCCCGCAAAAGGGAUCUGGCGAAGCAGGCAGAAGCGACUUCUCCUGAGAUGCGUUCACCGUUAUAUAUCCCCGCAAAAGGGAUCUGGCGAAGCAGGCAGAAGCGAAUCUGCAGGUAAGAACGAAGUGGAGGAUGGAUGCAAAGGGCUCAAGAAGGUACUAGCUAGUGGUGUUGGUGAGAGUGGGGAUGAGGCCGAAGGAGCUGCUGGCGGUGUUGAGCUCGAAGAAGGCUACGAAGAAGAGGAAACUGCGAUCCCUUACAGCGAACUGGGGGACACAGAUAUUGACGAUGGUUUCCCCAGACCCCGCACACCGGAUCCGUUUAUGGAGGGUCCCUCUCCCAUUCCACGUCGCGGCGAGCCACUGCCCCCAGCAGACCCUCCUGUUACUCUGGGCAAUGACAAAGUGGAGGAAAGGGGCUCCGAGAUGCAGGAGGUGGUUUUUUUGAUUCGGGCAGGUCAGAAAUUACGUAUGAGUGUAGGCGCCCAAGGUCGUUCCCUUGCUGGUCUGCUGCGUCAGGCAUUCUAUUGCCGUCAGAAAAACAAAAAUGUGGUAUUUGGACCGGAUGUUCCUCCAGAAGCGGUUGCUGAAUUCAAAAGGCUUGUUGGAGAAAUAGAGAGACUUCUAUUUAAUUAUCAUGGUGUUAGAAGGUAG